AUGUCAGCUCAGUUCGCAGCCAUCCAGCGAUUCGCAGCGGACGUGCACAUCAACCAGGGCAGUUUCAAGGAGGCGCUCUCGGCGGCGCGGGAGGCUGUGGAACUCUCGGAAAGGCAAGGGGACAAGCGAAACAUGGCCAAGGCUUUAGAGACGGUGGGUACUGCGCAAGGUGUGCUGAACAACUUCCAGCAGGCGACAACCUCCACGCAGGAGUGCCAGGAUUUGUACCAG